AUGCGUCUACAUCCUUGCUAUAAAGGUCUCAUCCCAGCUUCCUUACAACCAACCCAUGACCGUACAGGGUUUCUCACAGCAGCUAAUCCAGCUGCAAGGUGCUCUGAUACAGCGUCAGCAAAAGUUGACAGAGCUUUGGUGCGAAAACAGAACGAGAUCUUGUCAGAAAUCUGGAGCAAGGUGGAGCAGCUUCCGGAUGUUGACCUGCCUGCCAUUGUCAGGCAGCUGCAAAGUUUCACGCGCAAUUUGCCGUCACGAGCUAGUUUUGUCAACACUGGUUUCUCCAACUCUUGGUACCUUCUUGUCAAUGAAGCUAAAACCUGGAAUGAAGCGGAGAGGUACUGUCAGGAACUACACCCAAACGGUCACCUGGCCAUGGUGACGUCCUCCAAAGAAAAUAGUUUCAUUGUAGCUUUGCUAAAGCAGCAAGUUUCUGGUAGCCGGUCUUGGGCCUAUCUUGGAGGUCACGACAUUAAUGUCGAGGGGCAGUGGAAAUGGCAGAACGGUCAGAGCAUGUCGUACACCAACUGGGACCCAGGCGAGCCAAACAAUCGCUGGUCCAGGGAAGACCGUUCGGAUAUAUCAUCCGAAACAGGAAAGUGGGACGAUGUCUCAGGUACAGAGAAGAAGCCGUUCUUGUGUCAGGUGAUUUAUCCCGAGUGA